GGUUCCCUGAUCGGAGCUGAAUGAGUGGUGCCACUGUCUGUGUCGACCAAUAGAGCUGCAGCCACAUGCAAAACUGAGAAGCAGAGGUACCAAGGUGCAAAAUGCUUUGUUUACACCUGGAGUACAAAGACCUGCACAGUUAUUGUAAAGUUGCUGAGUGCAGACAGGUGCACCUCUGACAACCUCCAAAGGUGUCUUGGUGAUACAUCUCAAGAUUUCCCCCUCUGAGUCUGUUCUUUAUCUGACUACUCAAACGCCAUCUCCACUUGAACCAACCGCAAGAGAGCCCACCCAUUUUGCUACUUCUUCACACCUCUCUGUCUCUCGAGUCUCAAGUCUCUGUUUGUCUCUGCGGACCCUCUGAAGCAACAUCCUCUGACAACUUCUGGAGGAUAUUCCCACGCAACGUUUUUCACCUAGAGGAAGAGAACUGUUGGUAUGGCCAAGGAUGAGUACCCCUCUGUGUUUGUGGUGGACAGCCACACCACCCGGCCUCCUAUACCACCCAGGCUGAACCAGGGGCGACGGCGUGCUGGGGCAGCACAGACCCUGCUGUUCCUGUUGGUUGGCGUGGCUUUGUGCGGCAUGGUCAUAGAAGCCUGCUUCAUCUUCCGUCUCUACCAAACGGAGUCUGCAUCCUCAGCAUCAUCGUCUAAGUUCACCGGAGGUGAAGAUGCUACGUCUCCCACCAUGUGGCCCAGUUACAAUAUUCUUCCUUCCAAACCAGUUGCACAUCUGACAGACGGACAAGAUGCACAUCAUGGAUCAGAGAUCAUGGCUUGGAGUAUGAUUGCAGACCCUCUCCUCUAUGAAAUGCAGUACAAAGGCAACAGUCUUAUCAUUCAGAAGGAGGGUUAUUACUAUGUCUAUUCAAAGGUUUACUUCUCAGACAAUGGUGUAUUUCACCAUACUAUCAAUAGAAAUACUGAAAAGUAUAGUGGGAAAAGUAUUACCCUCCUGCAGUCCAGGAGCUACUCCCCAGUUUCAAAGUCAAAGAUAGCACGAUCUAACAGUUACCUGGGUGGAGUUUUUCACCUUGACAAAAAUGAUGCUCUUUGCGUGAAAGUCAGCAACACCUCAAAAAUUGAAAAACACAAAGCUUUUGAGAACAUCUUUGGUGCAUAUAUGAUAUAACAUCACACAUCACCAUCACUGUGGUUCUAAAAGUUUGUUGUAAAUAAAAUUGUUAAAGAAAUGUUAUAGAAUCCUCUCGAGGGUUGAUGAUUCUCUUUGUAAUGUAAAAGAAGGUCCAUGUCAGGGAAGCGAGGCAGGUGUGAAAACCUCACUGGGCCUCGGAGUGUAAUGUAGGUCAGGACUGUACUGGGGGCUUUGUUACUGGGUGUGAAAGCAAUUUUACUAAAUCUGACAGUCCCUUUUAAGUCAGGGACUUUUUAUAUGCAUACUUGUAUACUUUACUUCUAACCUUUGAAUGUUACAAAAUAUCUCAUCAUAGAUGGAUGGAAAAAUUAUUUUGAUACAUCAUUCGGUCUUUCUGAUUUUCAUAAAAGCGGAUGCGUCAUGCUAAAAUCACAAACUGUAACCUUACACAUUUCUUUUCAUUCUUGCUGUAAAACAUGCUGCAUAAUAUUUAUUUAUUCCCAAGGCGGUAGAAUGAAUGACAAAACAAAUCCUUUUUUAUUUAUGUACAAUAAUGGAUGCAAAAUAAUGAAAUAAAUAGAUUAUGAUUGAAAA